CUUUUUACUUUGCAGCAGGGUCGUGUAAUUUUUUUGUGUAGAUUAGCAAUUGAUGCUGCGUUAGAGCCAGAGGCUGCAUUCUUUGUUACAUUUUACUGCAGCGAUAGCCAAGUACACAGGCACAUCAUUGCUAACCAUCCAAGCUUUAAAGAUUGCAAAGACGUAGCAUAUAAAUUCAGGCGCAAAAUGACUGGUAAAGCCAUGAUGUCUCACAGUGGCUUGGGCCGCAGCGCCCUUCUCCGUCAGCGUGCAUUUAAGCCAGUUGCAGUUAGCACACCGCGGGCUACAAGCGUGGUUGCCAAUGCUCAGCCAGCGACCAGCGGAGUCAUCGACCCUCUUAUGGUUCGCGCGGCGCGAGGCGAGAAGGUGGAGCGCGCGCCGUGCUGGAUGAUGCGGCAAGCGGGCCGCUACCAAAAGAGCUACCGCGACCUUGCAAAGAAGCACCCGUCGUUCCGGGAACGGUCUGAGACUACAGAGCUGAUUGUAGAGAUUAGCCUUCAGCCCUGGAACUCGUUUAAGCCGGAUGGCGUCAUCCUCUUCAGCGACAUUCUCACGCCGCUGCCAGGCCUGGGUGUUAACUUUGAUAUCGACGACAACAAGGGUCCUAUCAUCGAGACGCCCAUCCGCAGCUUGGAGCAGGUGAAGCAGCUGCACGACAUGGAUUUCAGCAAGGUCGACUUCGUGGGCAGGGCCCUCACCCAGCUCCGCUCCGAAGUCAACAACCAGGCUGCCGUACUGGGCUUCAUCGGCUCCCCCUGGACGCUGGCCACCUACCUCAUCGAGGGCGGCUCCUCCUCGCUCUACAAGACCAUCAAGAGCAUGUGCUACUCGGCUCCCGAGCUGCUGGACGCGCUGCUGACUAAGCUGGCGGACGCUAUGGCGUCGUACAUCAAGUACCAGAUCCGCGCCGGCGCGCAAUGCGUGCAGAUCUUCGAUUCAUGGGGCGGACAGCUGCCGCCGCGCGAGUGGGAGAGGUGGAGCGGCCCCUACCUGAAGCGCAUCGUUGACUCGGUCAAGGCUGAGUACCCUGCCGUACCUCUCACGCUCUACGCCAACGGCUCUGGUGGGCUGCUGGAGCGCAUUGCGUCGGUGGGGACGGACGUUGUGGGCGUGGACUGGUCGGUUGACAUGGCGGAUGCGCGGCGGCGGGUGGGCGGCAACCAGUCGGUGCAGGGGAAUGUGGAUCCGGCCAUCCUGUUCGCGUCCGAGGCUGCCAUCGAGGCCGCGGUGCGGGACUGCCUGCGCAAGGGCGGCGGCCAGCGUCACAUCCUCAACCUGGGGCACGGUGUGCUGGUGGGAACGCCGGAGGAAAGCGUGGGCCACAUGUUCGACCUGUCCAAGCGCCUCACGUACGCCGACGUGGCACAGCAGUAGAGCAACCUAGGGAG